AUGGGAAAUGCGUGUCUUUCCUGCCUCACAGGUCGAUCGAGGGACAGCCUCUACGAACCAAUCAUCGCAGACAGUGAACGUGAAGCUGUAGCAGACCUCUUACAGUAUCUAGAGAACCGAAAUGAGACAGACUUCUUUACUGGCGAGCCACUUCGGGCUCUCAGCACCCUUGUCUACUCGGAUAACGUCGACCUCCAGCGAAGUGCCAGUCUGACCUUUGCAGAGAUAACUGAGCGAGAUGUCCGUGAAGUCGACCGGGAUACGCUGGAACCCAUAUUAUUCCUGCUCGAGAGCCCUGACAUCGAGGUCCAGCGGGCUGCCAGUGCUGCUCUGGGUAAUCUUGCUGUCAACACCGAGAACAAGGUGUCGAUAGUCAUGUUGGGAGGCCUUGCUCCUCUGAUCCGGCAGAUGAUGUCUACCAACGUUGAGGUGCAGUGCAACGCCGUUGGAUGUAUCACUAACCUGGCUACCCACGAAGAAAACAAGGCAAAGAUAGCUGGCUCUGGAGCUCUCGGGCCGCUCACCAAACUCGCCAGAUCCAAGGACAUGCGUGUGCAGAGGAAUGCGACUGGCGCUCUCCUCAACAUGACUCAUUCGGAUGAAAACAGGCAGCAGCUUGUUCUCGCUGGCGCAAUACCGAUCCUGGUCCAGCUGCUUACCUCACCAGAUGUCGACGUCCAGUACUACUGCACCACGGCGCUUAGCAACAUUGCUGUUGACGCUCUAAACCGGAAGAAGCUUGCGCAGACGGAGUCACGUCUCGUACAGUCUCUAGUUCAACUAAUGGACUCGUCUACCCCCAAAGUACAGUGCCAGGCAGCACUAGCCCUCAGAAACCUAGCUUCAGACGACAAGUAUCAACUGGAGAUUGUCCGCGCUCGGGGUCUCCCGCCACUGCUUCGGUUACUCCAGUCUUCUUAUCUUCCCUUAAUACUCUCUGCGGUGGCGUGCAUCCGCAACAUUUCUAUACACCCAAACAACGAAUCGCCUAUCAUAGACGCAGGCUUCCUCAAACCACUAGUCGACCUUCUUGGCUCUAUCGACAACGAAGAGAUUCAGUGCCACGCCAUUUCUACUCUGCGUAAUCUCGCUGCAAGCUCCGACAGAAAUAAGGAGCUAGUCUUGGAAGCCGGUGCCGUCCAAAAGUGCAAGGAGCUUGUGCUACAAGUGCCGCUGACCGUGCAGUCGGAGAUGACGGCCGCCAUAGCCGUCUUGGCGUUAACCAGUGGAGAUCCCACCUUCCAACAUAUCGCAAUUUGGACGCUUUUGCAACUAAUAGAGUCGGAAGACAAACGACUUCUCGGCUUUAUCACUCGUUCCGAGGAUAUAAUACAACUAGUACGCGCGAUUGCAAACAAGAAUCUCGAGUCUGACGACGAAGGUGAAGAUGGCGAAGAAGGCACUGCCGAAGUCAUCGCCCUCGCACAGAGAUCUCUCGAACUUCUCGGCUUCGACUCCAAGCACAGCUAA